GCGUCGCGGCGCGGCGCUUGCUGGGGGCCCGGCUUUCGCCCGCUGCUGCCGCCGCCGCCGCGGGCCGCGGCUGCUCUCCCAAGAUGGCGGCUCCUCCGGGCGAGUAUUUCAGCGUUGGGAGCCAGGUGUCGUGCCGGACGUGCCAGGAGCAGCGGCUGCAGGGCGAGGUGGUAGCCUUCGACUACCAGUCCAAAAUGCUGGCUCUGAAAUGUCCCUCUUCCAGUGGAAAGCCCAACCACGCAGACAUCUUGCUUAUAAACUUACAGUAUGUUUCAGAAGUGGAAAUAAUUAAUGAUCGAACAGAAACCCCUCCUCCCCUAGCUUCGCUCAAUGUUAGUAAGCUUGCCAGCAAAGCACGGACGGAGAAGGAGGAGAAGCUGAGCCAGGCCUAUGCAAUCAGCGCUGGCGUCUCCCUGGAGGGCCAGCAGCUCUUCCAGACCAUUCACAAGACCAUUAAAGACUGUAAAUGGCAAGAAAAAAACAUCGUAGUCAUGGAAGAAGUUGUUAUUACACCCCCAUAUCAAGUGGAAAAUUGUAAAGGCAAAGAGGGGAGUGCACUGAGCCAUGUACGAAAAAUAGUUGAAAAACAUUUUAGAGAUGUGGAAAGCCAAAAGAUACUGCAGCGUUCACAAGCCCAACAACCACAGAAGGAGGCUGCCCUGUCAUCCUGAGUCCACAGACAUGGAGGACUCUUCCAGCAUUCAGCCACAGAGAUGGUGGUGGUGGCUUCAGCGGAGGCAGGCCGGGGGAGGGAAGGGAUCCUAUAUUUCCUGCUGACUCUUACUAAAGAGUCAGUGUUUCAGAAAACCUAGACUUGAACAAACACCCAACAAAAAAAGAACAAGAGAAUAAUUUAAAA